AUGUCGAGCACGUCCGCCAAGCGCCCUCCGGCCAAGCGCCCCCAUCCCAAGUACAGCGAGAUGGUCGCCGCCGCCCUCAGGGCCCUCAAGGAGCGCAACGGGUCCUCUCGCCAAGCCAUCCUCAGGUUCAUCCUCGCUUCCUUCCAGGUUGGGGAUGAGAGGGCCGCCGGCGUGCACCUGAAGCAGGCGCUGAGGAGGGGUGUCGUCGGCGGAUCCCUGCAGCAGACCAAGGGCACCGGCGCCUCCGGCUCCUUCAAACUUUCGAAGGAGCUGAAGAAGGCUGCGCCCAGAAAGGACUCUGUCAAGAAGAAGGUAACGAAGAAGGAGAAGACUUCGGGAAAGGUGGUGGCAAAGAAACCCAACGCUAAGUCUGCAACGAAGAAACUCACUUCUAAGACUGCAGCGAAGAAGCCCAUUUCUAAGACUACAGCGAAGAAGCCCAUUUCUAAGACUGCAGCGAAGAAGCCCAUUUCUAAGACUGCAGCGAAGAAGCCCAUUUCUAAGACUGCAGCGAAGAAAUCCACUACUAUGAUUGCACCGAAGAAGCCCACUUCUAAGACUGCAACAAAGAAACCCAACGCCACGACUGCAACAAAGAAACCCGGCGCAAAGAGCACACCAAACAACGGAGCAGCGAAGAAACCUAACUCUAGUUCUAAGUCUACAACAAAGAAAGUCCCCACUAAGAAUGCAACAAAGAAAGCCAGCGCAAAGAAUGUGAAGAAUUAA